UCCGCGCUCCCUCGGGCCGCCGGCGCUGGGUUUGCGUGUACCUGCUGGAGUGCUGAGGCAGGGCCCGUUCUUUCGCUCUGGCUCGUGUGCCAGCAAGUGCCAACAAGAUGAAUGUUCAAGACAAAGGUUUCCCUCUGGAUCUUGGGGGAAGCUUUACCGAGGACGCUCCCAGGCCACCAGUCCCUGGUGAGGAAGGUGAACUAGUUUCUACAGAUCUGCGGCCAGUCAGCCAUGGAUUUUACUCUGGAAAGUGUGAGGUUGUCAAAACUGAAACUUCUACAGCAACGCCAAGGCGUCCGGACCUGGACCUGGGCUAUGAGCCAGAGGGAAGUGCUUCUCCUACACCUCCCUACCUGAGAUGGGCAGAGUCUUUGCACUCCCUUUUGGAUGACCAAGAUGGCAUAAACUUGUUUAGGACCUUCUUGAAGCAGGAGAAUUGUGCAGACUUGCUGGACUUCUGGUUUGCUUGCAGUGGUUUCCGGAAGCUGGAGCCCUGCGAUUCCAACGAGGAGAAGCGGCUGAAGCUGGCAAAGGCCAUCUACAAGAAGUACAUUCUGGACAAUAAUGGGAUCGUGUCCCGGCAGAUCAAACCAGCAACCAAGAGCUUCAUAAAAGAUUGUGUGAUAAAGCAGUUAAUUGAUCCAGCCAUGUUUGACCAAGCCCAGACAGAGAUUCAGUCCAUGAUAGAGGAGAAUACCUAUCCACUGUUCCUUAAGUCAGAUAUUUAUUUGGAAUAUACAAGGACAGGUGCAGAAAGUCCGAAGGUGUACAGUGAUCAGAGUUCAGGGUCGGGGACUGGGAAGUGUUUGCCUGGGUAUCUGCCUACCCUCAAUGAGGAUGAGGAGUGGAAAUGUGAGCAGGACGUGGAGGAGGAGGAAGCUACCCGGGAUUCUGCCCCCUCCAGUCGGCUCACGCAGAAGCUCCUCCUGGAGACAGCCGGUCAGCGAGCCUCGACAUCAAGGCGAUACAGUGAGGGAAGAGAGUUCAGGCACGGGCCUUGGAGGGAGCCUGUCCAUCCCUACUAUGUCAACACAGGCUACGCUCUGGCUCCGGCCACCAGUGCCAACGACAGCGAGCAGCACAGCAUGUCCAGUGAUGCAGACACCGUGUCGCUGACUGACAGCAGCGUAGAUGGGAUUCCGCCAUACCGACUUCGCAAGCAGCAUCGCAGAGAGAUGCAGGAAAGUGCCAAAGCUAACGGACGUGUGCCACUACCUCACAUUCCUCGUACGUACCGAAUGCCAAAGGAUAUCCACGUUGAACCACAGAAGUUUGCUGCUGAGCUGAUCAAUCGCCUGGAAGAAGUGCUACGGGAUCGGGAAGCGGAGGCCAAGCUGGAGGAGCGCUUGAAGCGAGUCCGAGCAGAAGAAGAAGGUGAAGAUGCGGACGUCUCCUUGGGCGGUCCUGUGGGAAGCCACAAACUGCCCCCCACACAGCUUGUGCCCCACUUCCCCCCCCGCUACGCGGAUGUGCAGCUGAGGGACGCGCACGAGGAGGACCCGGAGAGCAUCCUGGACGAGCACGUCCAGCGGGUCAUGAAGACCCCGGGCUGCCAGUCGCCAGGCCCGGGGCGCCAUUCCCCGAAGCUGCGUUCACCAGACAGCGGCCUGGCCGGCAAGCUGCACAGCCUGAUGGGUGCCGUCUCGCUGGGGCACAGCAAGCACCCUGCCAAGCCGGGGCUGAAGCUGGACGCGGCCAGCCUGUAUCACCACAAGCACGUGUACCACCACCUCAUCCACCACCACAGUGCCCUGAAGGCCAAGGAGCCCGCGGAGGCGGAGGCGGGCCAGCGCGGCUUUGCCUGGACUGUCGACGCUCACGGGUGCCCCCCCAAGCUGCGGGCCUAUGGGGAUUGCCUGGGCCCUGCCACUGGCCCCCUGGAUGCCUUGGCCUACAGUGGAAAAGGCGGCCUGCUGUCCAAGCGAAACGUCAAGAAGGGGGACACGGGGAAGAACGAUGGCGCCAGCUAUGAUGUGCCCGGCUCUCCGGAAGACGUGGAAAGAAACCAGAAGAUCAUGCAGUGGAUCAUAGAAGGCGAGAAGGAGAUCAGCAGGCACAAGAAGACAAACCACAGCACAAGCACCCGAAGAGAACGACCAUUUCUCCACUUGUUUGUUCCCCCAAGUUCUUCUGGUGCAAAGAAGCAUCUUGCUCACGAGCUGCCCCGGCCGGCCUCUGUUGAGCGCCCGAUGGCGGUCCACCCCUGGGUCAGCGCCCAGCUCCGGAACGUCGUGCAGCCUUCACACCCCUUCAUCCAGGACCCCACCAUGCCCCCCAACCCAGCCCCCAACCCACUGACCCAGCUGGAGGAAGCCCGCCGGAGGCUGGAGGAAGAGGAGAAGAGGACUGCCAAACCGCCCGCCAAGCAGCGGUAUGUUCAGGAGGUGAUCCAGCGAGGGCGCUCCUCUGCCAGGCCAGCUUGCAUGCCACCGUUGAGUGUGGUGCCCGCCGUCUCCGACCUGGACCUCUCCGAGUCCGAGAUGAAGCUUCAGAAGAGGCCAAGCGGCAGCUCCGCACAGCCCUGCGAGAACAUUGUGGUGGCGUAUUACUUCUGUGGGGAGCCGAUCCCGUACCGCACCCUGGUCAAAGGCCGCGUGGUCACACUGGGCCAGUUCAAGGAGCUGCUCACCAAGAAGGGGAGCUACAGGUAUUACUUCAAAAAGGUCAGUGACGAGUUUGACUGCGGUGUGGUGUUCGAAGAGGUGCGAGAGGACGAGGCGGUUUUGCCCAUCUUCGAAGAGAAGAUCAUUGGGAAGGUGGAGAAGAUUGACUAGGCCCGGAGAGACAAGGACAGGGGCUGCGGGAGAUGUGGGCGAGCCCCGGCAGAGCGGAGGGAAGGCUGUGGCAGGGAACGGGGACGCUCCAGAGGUGGCCCCCGCCCCCCCACACGCCUGCAGGGAAGCCACAGCACUUUUGCCUCCACACGCGCAGCAGGACCCUGGACGCAUGCGGUGCAGUUUGACCCCCUCCUGGAAGGAUACGGUAGCAGUGGCUGCUUGGGAGUAUUGACGCCCAGGGGCGAUAGGGAUGCCCAGAAGCACUUGAGGGGAAGGGGCUGUGGGGCAAGAGGUGUGGGAGGCGGUGGCCUGCCCUUGCCUCAGACGCUGCUCGGGAGCCACCCCUGAACGCUUGGCACCCUCUGUGUCCUCAGCGCCCCUCCCAGCCCCCACCAGGGAUGCUCAGCUGGAGGGCCUCCCUGGCUCCCCCAUCUCCCUCUGGGCCUUUCCAUGCCUCACUUCUUCUCAUGUUCUUGCUCUUCGGCAGAAGGCAUGGGGUGUCCCGGAGACAGAGAUCUGGGCACUUUAAAGGGGGGGCCAUGUCCUGCAGGCAGUGCCGGCCUUCAGGAUGGGAUGCCACUCCCUGUCUCUGGCAGGGCCUGCUUCCCUUCCUGCACACACCCCUUGGAGCCUCCCUGAGCCUCAUGGAACGGUGUCUUUGGUCCAUGAAGUGGAUCUUUUCCUGCCUCGGCGGUGGCCAGUUCUAGCUCCAUCUCUGCUCUUGCGCGUGUGUGGUGGGCUCGUACCGCCCCACCCCGGCUGCGUUCUUUUGCGUGCCACUGGUGCUGCUGCGGCCGCUGGCUCCUCGUCCCGAUGAGUCCGGAGCAUCCCUUGGCACGGGGCUAGCGAGUCGGCCUCGAGAGGGCCCACGUCAGAUUCCUUGUGUGUGUCACCUAGUGCCUUCAAACAGAGUUGUCGUCUUGUCCUCAUCCUCUGCCAGGGUCAGAAGAGCCCCGUGGACAGUUAUUUCCUCCCUUCCAGGGCUCAGCUUGCCUUCCACAUCUGAUGGGAUUUUUAUUGUGUAUUACCUGGCCAUGGCGGGUUCUUCAUUUCCCUUUUUUUCUGAAGGGUUCAGUUGUAAAUAUGUACAUUUUCUACACGUGGCACCAACCCCUGAGGGCUGGGCAGAUGGCCGGCAUUUCCCAAACAUUUUUCACUUGCUGGCUUGUACAAUUUAUCUUUUCAAAGGUACUUGGAUAAUAAUGGAAUAAAAACCAUGUUCAGAUGG